AUGACAGAAGUAGAUCCAUAUAAAAUUUUAUUUGAACAAGAUAUUAAAUCAGCCAGUAAUAUUCCAUCAGUUACAUUUAUUUCCAAUGUCGAUGAUUUUUUAAAGGAUAAAGUAAUUGAUGAAGUAUUUAAUAGAUUACAAGAAGCUCAUCAAAAAUAUAAAUACUACGAAUCAAAAUUAACCAAUAAUGUAUCACUUUUAACUGUUAGAGCAAAACAACUUCAAGAAUCUUUAGAUAUUGUCGAACGUGUUGAAAAGAAAAAAGAUGACACAUAUAAUGUUCAAUAUGAAUUAUCAGAAGGUGUUUAUUCAUCAGCAGAGGUCAAAGAACCAAAAUCAAUUUAUUUAUGGUUAGGUGCAAAUGUUAUGUUAGAAUAUUCAUUUGAAGAAGCUGGUGAAGUUUUAAGAAAAAAUAAAGAAAGUGUUGAUCGUCAACUUAAAGAAACUAUUCAAGAUUUAGGUUUUGUUAAAGAUCAAAUUACAACCACCGAUGUUAAUAUAUCUCGUGUUUAUAAUUAUGAUGUUCUCCAAAAAAGAAAGCAAAAACAAAAUAAAGGUAGAGAAGAAGAAGAAGAAGAAGAAAAAUAAAAUAGAAAUAGAAAC